AAAGUGCGUACUGCGUAUGGUGCGAGUGGCGGGAAAUUUAUAGACUAAUAUUAGCGGUACCCAAACGUAAAAUAUAUUUGUAAUUAUUUGCUUUUAACAUAGACUUUACUUGAACUUUAAUUUAACUUUCCAGACUACAGAUCACCCGAGAUUAUCAAUUUAGAUAUUCGAAAACAAAUGUCCGCGAAAAGACCAAUAAAGAAGAUGAAGCCGCUCGGUAAAACUGACAGGAAAACAUUUAAAGACACGACGACCAAAGACGUGAGAGGUGCAGAGGACCAAGAAAAUAUUGCACUAGUGGAAAAGCUCUCAAAGAAGCGCUCCUCCUCCGACUUUGAUGACGAUGACGCUGACGCCGCUGUAGUUCCUGUGGGCACCGGGUUCCAGUCCAUGUUGGAGCAGUUUGGGUCGGACAUCAGCAAAGCAAUGCAGGCCAAAAAGAAACGCCUGGAAACCUUAACCAAUAACUACAUGAAGGGCAGUCAGCACAAACUCGAGCAACUGUGGAGAACGCACCAAAACCAGCGCCAAAAAUUAACCCAGCAAUAUUCACAGCAAGUGAGCGCAGCGCUGCAGCAGUGGGAGGCGGAGGCGCAGAGGGGCGAGGAGCAGGAAGAGCGCAUGAAUAAUCUGUUUAAACAGCAGCUCAAGGUGCUGCAGCAGGCCCGAGCCGCUCAGGGCCAGAAGCUGAAGGCCGUGCGUGAGCUGUACGACGUGUUUGUGAAGAACAUGGAGGAGAUGCAGAAGAGCCACGACAGCUUCCUCCAGAAGGCGACAGAGGAGCUGCGCAAAGAGAUGAACGUGCUGCAGAAGAAGAUACUCAUGGAUACUCAACAGCAGGAGAUGGCCAAUGUCCGGAAGUCACUGACAUCGAUGCUUUUCUAACCUGACACUAACUCACAUGUUCACAUUUUAUUUCAUGUUUUAUUAAAAGCACUUUUGUUUGUAUCAACUUGAAGCUGUAGUUCGUGAUUCAGCGACUGAUCCAAGUUCUCCGUGUUGUUUUAUUUAAAAUAUAACCUCUUUUUAUUGUUUUAAUGUUAUAAAAUUUGCCAGUGUUGAUCUUUUUUGGAGGUUUUUCAAUUGUUAACUACUGAAAAUUCAAAUAAAAAAUCCUUAUCAGCUGGUGCUCCUUUGUUUUUACACACAAACUCUACACAUUGUUCCCUUUUGGAUUUUAUUUUACAUUGCGUAGUAGUUACAAGCCUUGUUUACACGUUAUUGUUCCAAGACCUAAUUAAAAUUAAACCAAUACAGCAAUUAAGUUGAUUGAAACACUGUAAAAAAAAAUAAUAAAAAUAAAACAAAUACACAAUUAUUUCAGCUACAAAGAGAAAAAUCUGUAGUGAU